AAUGACAGUUGACAGAUAAAAUAACCUUAAAAUUGCACGAACGUUUCUAUUCGUAAUAUUUACAAAUUGAUCGCUAUAUAAUACUAAAAGGUGUUUUAAUAACAUAGCAUUUAAUAAAUACGGUGCAUUUUAGUUUAUAAACAAUGAAUUUAGCUCGAAGAAUAUACUCCAUUCGCUAUCCGUCGGUCAGACAAAACUUCGAUCGGAACCUUCGAUUAUCAGCUAUAAAUUACGAAAGUUCUCAAGCUACGCAGCCUCAAGUAAAAGAAGAGAAGUUCGACUUCGAAGACCUGAAGGUUCUCGAACGUGUCGAGCGCCGAAAGCCGAAAAUAAAACCAUUUAUGAAGGAUGUCUUCGUAUCUGUCUUCAACAAAGAAUUACUCGCCUUUCCCGAGAUUAUAAACAAGGAGGAGUCUGAAAACUUGGACCAAAGAGUCGCUGCUCUCGACCGCGUGUUUUCCGAUCCAGAAAAAACAAAAGAAGAUCGCAAAACGGCGUUAAAACGUACCAUGAUGUAUGCAGCUCCAGUGAGUCUCACAAAUAACGGUCUAGCAAUGAAUAUGACGGAAAGUUUGAGGUAUUUAGAGGUGAUAUCGACAGAUCUGAGCCUGGGGCAGGAGAUAAGCGACCACUGGGUGGGUUUAGAGGCGUUACGUAGAGGUUUAGAGGUUGAUCAGUACCAGCAAAUUGUUGAUGACUUGAUAACUGGAGACAAACCUAUUUCGUUGUGUAUAAAAGAGAGAGUUUCUGAAAGGAUCACACAGCCUGACUUUAGGACUACAGCGGAAAUGGAUCCUCAGGGCAUAUGGCGGAUAACCGGUGAGAAGGUGUGCCAGAACGCAGAUGGAUACUUGUUAGUCUUGUGUUCCAUUGAGGCAGGACGUCUGAAGGGGUUCCUCGUUCAUCCGGGCGUUGAAGGAGUGUCGCAUGACGGCAACUUUGUCAAUUUCUUGAGAGUGCCAGCGACCCCACUAAACGUAAUAUCAGAGGAUGGUCUGGCCCAAACGCUCAGCGCUUCAAGACUGUACGCCGCUACAUUGUGCCGUGUGGCGUUGAGGAGAGCUGUGCAGGCCUGCAUGGACUAUAUCAAGCCUAGGUUUUAUUCAGGCAAGCCUCUAUCCGAGCUGUCAACAGUCAGAACAACGAUCGGAGACGCGUUACUGGACCUCUACGCUAGCGAGAGCAGUGAAUACUUUACAGCAGGCCUGAUGGACGGGUAUGAAGAACCUGACGCGGAGCUGGAAAUGGCUAUGUGCAGGAUCUUCAUGACGAACCACGGCCUGUCAUCCAUGAUGCGUCUGCUAGCCAUCCCGACUUUAGAAAAAGAAGAGGAAUGCAAACAGAUCCUUAACGAUAUGCGACAUCUUGUGGCUAGAGGAGACAGCUUGGAUGGAGUCAGCAUGUAUGUCGCUUUAAACGGUAUCCACCACGCGGGCAAAAUGAUGUCAGAAGAGAUCAGGCAGGUCAGGAAUCCACUCUUUCAUCCCGCUUUCAUCUUCAAGAAGGUGAUCGCCAACAGGAAACAGGAGAAAGACGACCCGCAACUGACACUAUACCUCAUAGAACACCUUCAUCCGACUCUCAAGCAACCAGCCGAGGACCUGGAGUACUCCGUAUUGAGGAUGAGAUACGCUUGCGAGACCAUGAUGAGCAGGCACGGAGUCGACGUCGGGAAGGCUUUCACAGAGCUGAACAGGUUAGCUGAAGCGGCGACUGAGAUAUUGGCCAUGACAUCAGUGUUAGCAAGAGCGUCCAGAUCGUACUGCAUAGGCCUUCGCAACGCAGAACUCGAAAUGAAGAUGGCCGCUUGCUUCGUCGAAUCGUCCAAAGAGAGAGUGCGCAAACUUAUCAAAGAGAUCGACGAUGGAGAAUAUCUGAAUCUGGACCAUUUCAGGAUCUCAUUUGGGAAGAGAUUUCUGAAUAACAGCAGCGAUUUUGUGGAGAAACCCACGGCUAGGACCUUUUGGUAGGGAGGUCUUUGAACUACGUUAUUUUAGGACGCGCAAUGAGAGUUGAGGCCAGGGAUGUUUUGGAUAUCCGUAACCGUAACCGAAACUUUCGGAUAUCCGAAAUAAAAAAAUAUCCGAAACCGUAACCGAUUCAAAAGUUUCGGAUAGUUACGGAUGUAGGUAGUUUAAAUUGUUUUUGUAUAGCAUUAUAAUAUGUAAAGGCAUAACAGUCCGAUUUA